AUGGGUGAUGAGCCCCCUGCCCCCGAUCACGGAGUGGCAUCCCUGGUUGGUUCAGAGGCUGCUUUUGCAGUCAUCAACGAGGCUUGGUUUCACGUUCUUGCUGGGGACGGCGAUGCUGCAGACCUUGCAGCCGCCCCUGGAUGCGGAACACCAGCUUUGCUAGACCUCCUCACAGGAGUGGAACUUUCUACAGGUGUCCUGGGAGCCUACACGCCCACCUUGCUGCAGGGUGCGGCGCAUGCAGACCUCCUCAAUGACGCUUGUGGUGGCUUCGCAAGCAUUCUGCUUCGAAAGGAGGAGUGGGACCGACUUAUGUGGGGCGUCCGCGAACUAUGGGGUCCAAGCCAAGUCUUGCGGAAGGCCGUCGUCGCAGUGGGGCGGGAUAAUCGCUCACUGCUGGCACAACUUGCCUUGUCUGAGCCUUGGGAACCCAGUCGCCGUGCAGCUCUCGUGAUGCUGCUGCAGGCUGCCACCCAUUUGGACCAUGGCCGUGAGGGCCCAUUGGCCAUGCUGAAGCGGUUGCUUCCAGACGGCGAGAGCCUGGUGGCGCAGCCUGAGCUGCAGCAACUUUUGUCCAUGGUUCCAGCCUUAAGCAGUUCCAGAGCACACUGGCGGCGGCGCCCUCCUCCAGACCCCUUGUCAGUCCAGGUGUCCUGCAAGGAUGUGGCAGGAGAAAGCUACCCUCCUCUGCAUGUGGACUCCUUGGAGAACAUUGAGGAGCCUGCUCCGGAGGACAUGUUGAUAGUAGCAGAAAAGAUACCCGCUGAAACAUUUUCGGGCUGCUUAGUCACGCAGCAGGAUGAAGCAGCCGUCUUAGCAGGACUGCCGCCACCUCCAACGAGGAAGAUCGGGUCCAACAUCAGUCAAGGUGUUUUGGUGCAGCAUCGAUCAUCAGAGGAUCCAGCGGCGUACGACGCAACCCCGUGCUGUAUUUGCAUGGAGUCCUUCAGUGCAUGCCAGCUUUGGCAUUGUGGUCGCGCGAUUUGCGGCGAAAAGGGCUUUUGCUCUGAAUGCUUGCGACAGCAUGCUGAGGCUGUCAUAGACAGCGGGCUUUACGCCGCACCCGCCGUGCGUUGCCCUGUUUGCAAUUUGCGCCUAGCGACAACAGCUUGGGCGCCUUUGGUCAAGGAGGAGACGUUUGCUAAAUACAACGAAAAUGCGCGAGCGCUCCUUACCUACCGAUGUGCAGCCUGUGACGAAACAGGCUCCUACUUGAGACCAAGCACUGAAGGAGUUGGCAAGCCUUUUGGGAUGCUCGGUAGCGAGGCGCGCGAGAGGCUUUGGACGGCCUGGGAAGCAUUCUUCCUCGCAGAGGUUCCUGCGGAGAAGUUCCUUCAAACCAUCCUGGACGAGUUUUCCUGCGGGCACCGCAAGGGCGGGGCUCCGCCCAGCAGCAUGAGCAAGGUGCUCGGUCCCAGUGGCCAAGCCAACUGGAUUGAGGACUUGGAGCGACGCUUGGCCCUCCAACUAGCUUGGCUGAAUCGUUUCCCACGACAGCGCACCCCUUGCUGUGGGGAGCAGUUCUGCUUCCGCUGCAAGGUCUCCUCCUGGCACCGGGGGGUCACUUGUAAUGAACGCCUCCGUUCCGAAAAAGCCCGGCAGGCGCAGCUGUGCCCGGGAUGCGGGGUGCCAACGCAGCGCAGCGAGGGCUGCCGCAAGAUCACCUGCGUUUGCGGCCGCGUAUGGGAAUGGGAGGGUGAGGGAGAGGAUAGCAGCGAUGAGGAGGGUGCUUUCUCGGAGGAUUCGGGGGCCGAGGACGAGAUUCAAGCACAAACGGCGGUGAAUUUGGUCGCGAUGAACAACAAGGUCUCAGAAGAGACUGUUCGUACGCUGAUACAGGCCUUGGUGAAUGCCGGAGCUGAUGUUAAUGAUUGGCCGAGCGAGCGAUGUCCCCUGCUCCUGGCUGUGCAGUGUCGGAACACUGCCGCAGUUGCUGCCCUUUGCGAAGUGGGAGCUCGGGUUACACCAGAGGUCCUGGAGGAGCUCAAGGGGGUCUCCUUGGAGAGCCAGCGCUGCGAAAUGGAGAGGCUGAUGCGUCCUCAAGUGCAAGGCGAUCCAAACAUGAGGCUGCCUCUCUGGGUUUGGAUUCAAGCCGGCAGUGCUGCAGCUGUGGAGGCUCUCCUCCGCAAUGCUGCGCACGAGGAGGCAGUCGGUGAGGACGUCUUCAUCGCCUUGCAGCGUAGCAGUGGCGAUGAAGAUAGCCGCAAGCAGAUUGCGGAACAUCUUCGAGAACAUGUUGGCGAGGAACUGGGGAAUCGCAUACCGCUGGAUGCUACAGAGCCUGAGCCCGCAGAUGUGGCAGAGGUUUGCUGGCAACAGAAGGCUGCAGAAAAGCGCGCCUUGACGGGCGCCGCGCGAGAUGACAAGGUGCCCGGCAUAGAUGCUUUGCUCGAGACAGAUGGAAUUCGGCGCAGAACCAUCACUCGGGAUGUUACUGUUCCGGACAGAUUUGAGGAGGUCACACAGAAGGCCAAGCCAGCCAAGGCUGAGCAAAAGGAAAGACGAGUCUGUCUUGUCUCCCUGCGGGCUUCGGGUGCUGGCAUCCACGCCUGCAACCGGGAUUACCGAUAUUGUGGCCUACACCAGGGCAAGCCAAUGUUCAAAGCAGACAACGGCGCAGUAAUCUACUUCAACAAGUUCUGGAAGAUGAAUAGCAUCUACAAAACGACAGGUUGGGUUUACAGCGUGAAGGAGCAUGCUGGGCCGUGGCCCGCUGAAACAGGGUGGGUCUCUGACGGGACGGCAGAACCAAAUGCUGGAGAGCCGCCAAGCCUCUUGCUGAUCGACGAGCCUUUACCUCGGCAAGUUGCCGAGGAGAGUGCCGCCUUGAUCUUGGAGGAUGGCCAGAAGGUGCUCAAACGGGAAGAAAACAAGAGAUGGCGCUGGAACGAAGUGUACAUACGGUCAAAGGAGGACAUUUUAAACAGCCUUGCCGGAGGAACGCGUUACGAUACGCGCGAGAGCAAACACACUGUUGCUCAAACAGCGUCGCAAGCUGGUGCACAGUCACCAGAACAAAACGCAGCACCGGUCACGGCUCCAUCUGCAGAAGCCAGAAACGGCAGCCAGCCGGAGGCGCGAAAAUCCACCACACUGAGACCUGGCUUCCUGAUUGGGGGCUCCCAAGCAAAGGAAGCCCUGGAGAGGAAGCCCGCGAGGCCGCACUCUCAAGCAAUUGUGCUGGACUAUCCCGACGGUGCCGUGGUCGAGUUCGACCGCUUUUCCAACGGUCGAUGGGUGCCAGCAAAGGUCAUUCACCGUGUUCGUCAUGGAAUUUUUGACUUAGACGUGGAGCCCCAAGUGCCUGCCACGAAGAUCAGAUGGCCCGGCGGCCAUGCGCCGCCGAGGACCCUGAAGCACACGUCCUUGAGCGGAGCAAUGCCACAAGCUCCACAAGCAGGCGAAGCAGCCAAGGCAGAAGAUCCAGCCUUUCACGUGGGGGCCGUUGUGGACUACGAUGACUUCUCCAACGAUGGCUGGAUUGAGGCGACGGUGCUUCAUCGGAACCGAAAUGGCACCUAUGACAUCAGUGUCAUGGGCAAUGCUGUUCAGAAGGUCCUGCCCAGCAGGCUACGGUGGCCAAAACUCAUUAAGCCAGACAUAGCUCGAGCAGCCACUGCCAAGAAACCGCUUACAAAAGCUUCUGGAGGAGGACGAUCUUUGAGACCGAGCGACUCCACUCGAGAAAGCUUGGCUGCAGCAGUUGCUGCAAGAAAGAAGGCGUUCAGCGAGCUAGCGGCAAAGAAGACAAAAGAGAAGCCGCCAAGCAGAGAAAUGCCCCCAAGCGAUCUUGAGACAGAGAUGGUGGUGGGAGGCACCGCUUUCACAGUGCGUCGCCUCCAAGAAGGCGAUGAAGCACCUCCGUCAUUGCAGUCGAUGCUGGCAUUCUUGGAUGCAGAGGCGAAUGAUACGUCCGAAGCUCGCAAAGCUGGCGAUUUCAAGCCCCAUGCCGGCCAGCCCAUACCGCUCACUCGUGGCAAAGGCUACCCCGAGUCCUUCUCCAUGGCAGAGGUGCCUCUGCCCAAGACAUGCGUCAUCCCAGAGGCUGCUGGAGGUAUUGAGGCAAAGCAAGAGAAGGCUCAGAAGGUGUCAGAAUGCCCAUCUGGUCCCUCAAGCAAGUGGUCGAUGGAGCAGGUGCUUCAGUUUCUGGACUUCCUGGGUCUCGGUCAUACUGGUGACAAGUUCAAGGAGAAUGCGAUCGAUGGUGCCAUGCUCGUUGAACUCUCCGAGGAGGAGCUUGUCUCCGAGCUCGGCCUGAUGAAGCUGCAGGAACGUGACGUUGAUGUGUCCAUCAUCCAAGAGGCCUUGCAGAAUGGCGCUGAUCCGAAUGCCAGAGAAAAGGAGGAGACGGCGGAGGAUGAAGCUUUGGGCCUUACUGGCUUGGCACUGCUAGCGAUGUGCUAUCGCUCCAGCAGCGAGUCGGUGUCAAGGGGCAUCGAAGCAUUGCUUGAGGCAAAAGCAGACUUGGAGAGAGAGGUGGACGAUGGCGCGACCCCGCUCCUGGUUGCGCUGCGGCACCGAAACAUCACGGCACUGGAGGUUUUGGCCAAAGCAAGUGCAGAAGGCUCCACGAGUACCUCCUCGCCGGUGCCACGCAUUGCGACUGAGAUUUUGGACGAGGUCAGCUGCCUGUCCGAAGACUCGCGUAGACUCCACGUGGAGGAGUUGCUCCGACCCGUGCUGCGUGGAUGCGGCCGGGGCCUGGCGCCCUUGCCACUCUGGACCUGGGUGGAGAACGGCUCUGUUGCUGCCGUCGAAGCGCUUCUGAGAAGCAGCGAUGAAGCGGUGUCAGUGGAGGACGUCAUUAGCCUGCAGCGCUGCCGUGUCAGCGAGUCACAGCCCCGUAUCCAGGAGUUGCUGCAACGAAAAUGUGGCGAAGAGGAGUUCUCCAGGCUGCAGACAGAAGCGGCCACGCGCCGGCUGCUGCAGGAGCUUCGUGAGGCCUUCGAUGACCAGCGUGAUGUAGACCUGGCCAUUGUUCGCAGCAGCCUGGAGCUGAAUGCGGACCCGAACGCACAGGAGGAAGAGGCAGAAGAUGGCCCUGACUUUCAGGAAGGCAGCUACUCCCUCUCUGCCCUGCAGCUGCUGGUCACGAAUCUGCAUGUCUCCUCGGACUCCAUGCAGACGGCAGUAGCAGCUUUGGUGGAGUCCAAGGCCCAGGUAAACGCGGAUGUUGGAAAUGACACGCCCCUACUUUCGGCCUUGCAGAGUCGCUGUGUGCCUGGUGUGGAAGCCUUGUGUCAGCAUGGGGCCAAAGUCUCAUCCGAUUGCCUGGACGAGCUCAAAACCAUCUCCAGCAGCAAGGUUCGGCACGCGCUCGAAGAUGUUCUCCAACCUCUGAUCGGAAAGGACAAAAGACUCCGCUGUCCUCUUUGGAUGUGGGUGCAGCUGGGCGCAGUUUCUGCUGCGGAGGCGCUGGUGCGAAAUGCUUCUCACGAUGAGGAAAUCGAUGUUGAUGUCCUUGUCGCCUUGCAGCGGUGUCGCGGCGGCCACUCUCAGAAGGCAGAGAUUACCAGCCUUCUGCAGGAGCAUCUCGGGGAGGAGGAGUUCAAGCGCCUGGAGGCGUCUGGCGCCACAAGGCGUUUGCUGAUGGAGCUGCGUGAGGCUCACACAGAGGAGCGGGAGCCAGAACUGGACAUCGUCUGUGAAGCGCUUGCGCAAGGUGCAAAUCCAAACGCGCAGGAAGAGGAUGAGGAAGAGACUGACGAGGAGGAGGGUGAGGACGAGGAGGAUGAAGGGGGAAGCAUGGAAGAGGAUGAGGACGCAGACGACGAAGACACUGAGAAGGAGGACGGCGAGACAGAGCCAGAAGGUGAGUGGGAUGAGGAUGACCAGGGCUGA